AUGGUGCAGCUUACCGUGGAGGCAAGGGACGCGAAGCCGGGGUACGUCCUGGCGGUGGGGGUUGGGGGCCAGCAGAGAUGCGUGCAGCUGGGCCGAAGGAGCGUCUUCGACUUCGAUGUGUCGGGCGAGGCAUCUGCCAAGGUGGACCUCUAUCAGCGAGUCAGCUCCUGCACCGUUAGCUUCGAUGCAGGCGCCAGCAGCUGCCAAAGUCUGCAGCUGCCGCUGAACAUGUCCCUGCAAGUGGGUGCGUCUCAGGGACUCAGCUGGAACAGCAUGUUCGGCUGGUGCAACUCCCAGACCGAGAACUCGGAGUUCACCACCAGCGUCAGCGCUGUUCCAGUGCACGACCCGGUCAUGCUAGAGGACCGGCCCCGCAUGCUGGUGCUCACCGACGUGGGCGAGGAGAUCGACGACGAGGCGUCUUUGUGGCUUCUGCACCAGCACCUCAAAGCUAGCCCUCGCCUGCAGGCAGACAUCGUCUUCGUGACGGGCUCGCCCCUGGAACGGGCCACCCGGUGGGCCACCUGGCAAAGCGACACCGCGACGCCGAUGAUCGGGCAACACCCCUUUGGGAGAUGGCUCGAGCUCUGCUUUGAGACGGUCAACUCCGGUCAGGACAAAGCGCAGGCGCAGGUUUUGAAUUCCUUGCCGGAGAACCACAAGCUCCCGGACAGCAUCCAGUACUUCGUGGGCCCCACCACCGGCAGGCAUAUGCGGUACCGCAUGAUGGCGGACGCCCAGGAACUGCGGCGGGCAGGGCUGGCGGGGCUCAUCGACCAGCCCUGGCAGGGAGGAAAGUACGACGUGGUGUUGCAGAUCUCGCCCAUCUCAGGCUUCUCCGCGGACUUUGCGAACCCCCCACCGCCCCCAGCCGGGGCGCUGGCGCUAGUAGAACCAAGGCCUGGCGCGCAAGGGCUUCUGUACCUCGUGGUGGGAGGCGAGGGCGCCACCAACUUCCCAAGGGACGAGCUCCACGUGGGCUUCAAGGAGCUCAUGGUGAAGAAGGGCUUCCGGGCGGUGCACGUUGAGAAGGCGAACUACCUGAACUGGGAGAAGGCCAUGUUCGAGACAUUCCCCCCGAAGCUCACGGAGCUGGUGCUGGACGACGAGUGGAACAAGGCGGUGGGCCGUAUCCCCCCCAUGGUGGCAAAUCUCUUUGUCCGUUUCCGCGUCAACACCUUGGUGAACUACGAGGUGGUGGACCGCGCCUUCGCGGCCUUCGAAGAAGACCUCCGCGGCACCCCCGACUUUGUGAAGGCCACCCAGUGGUGGGUGAAGGUGGAGAAGAAGGUGCUGCAGGACAUCAAGACGGGAUACAUCAAGAAGUCCCGCGACGCAGACAACAAGUCGAAGGACUGCAUGGGCAACGAGCCAGUCAGCUCGAAGGUGAAGGGCAUGAAGAUGUCCUGGGAGUCCAUUAUGUCCCGGAUCUGCGUGCGGGACAUCCUGGCGAGUACCGACAUUACGGAGACCACCUUCUCCAAGAACACGGUGGACGACAUCAUGGGCUACGCCGUGACCAUGAUGACCAGCAAGCUCCUGCGGAUCUAUGCCUACAACAGGUAUGUGAGCGGGCGAGAUCCGGACGUCGCCCAACUGGAGCCGUACCUGCUUGGCAACAAGGAGAGAUCCAGCCCCUAG